AUGCAAGACAUUCUCGUUUCCAAUGAUCUUCUUGGUCGAGGAUUGGUUGCGAACGCUGACUAUGAUUUUUGGAUAUGGCAUGCAUAUUUUGGUUUACCGGGGUCCAACAAUGAUAUUAAUGUGUUGGAAUCCUCCCAUCUUUUUGCAAAGCUUGCAGCAAGUACUGCUCCUCCUGCUAAUUAUGUCAUCAAAGGAAAAUCAUAUAAUAUGGGCUAUUAUUUAGCUGAUGGCAUAUAUCCAAAAUGGGCCACUCUUGUUCAAUCUAUUCACGAUCCACGUGGCCCUAAAAAACAACAUUUUGCAAAGAAACAAGAAACAUGUAGAAAAGACGUAGAACAUGCAUUUGGCGUAUUGCAAUCAAGGUUUGCAAUAAUAGCAGGACCUGCACGGUUAUGGAGGAAGGAAAUUUUGCAUGAUAUAAUGACUGCGUGCAUCAUUAUGCAUAAUAUGAUUAUAGAAGAUGAACGUGAUAUUAAUGCACCAAUUGAAGAACGACGUGAAGUGCAAGCCGUGGGAGUUGAGAUGAUGAACGAUGGUGGACUUGAACAGUUUCUUGCUCGACACAAAAAGAUCAAGGAUAAAGAUGCUCACUUUGAACUUCGUAAUGCAUUAAUUGAUCAUUUGUGGGACGAGUAUACUAACUCGGAGAAUUAG